UUUAAUAUUAUUUUUAGUGCAAACAGACUCAAUUAUAUGAAAUUUUUUCUGAACAUUUAUUUCUUUUGACCCGUUUUGCAUUUUCAUCCUCUGGAAAUCCAAUAAUACUUGAAAAUGGCCGAAGCUGUACAAAACCCUUCCAUCCAACAGCAAAAAAUCAUAAUACCCAACAAGUAUGGAAAUAAACUAGUAGGCAUAUUACAUGAAGCUGGAACCAAAGAGAUUGUUGUUCUAUGCCACGGUCUUCGAGCCUCCAAGGAAGACAAUAUCAUGACACAACUUGCUGCUGCUCUAGAGAAUGCAGGAAUUAGUUCUUUCCGCUUUGACUUCACUGGAAAUGGGGAAAGUGAAGGUUCAUUUGAAUUUGGCAACUAUUGGAGGGAGGUUGAUGAUAUACAUUCUGUAGCUCAACACUUUCAUGAAGCAAACCGUAGAGUUAUGGCAAUUAUUGGGCACAGUAAAGGAGCUAAUGUGGUGCUUCUUUAUGCUUCAAAGUAUCAUGAUAUUAAAACAGUUGCCAACCUCUCUGGUCGCUAUGAUCUAAAGGCAGGCCUUAAAGAUCGCCUUGGAAAAAACUUUAUGAAGAAAAUCAGGAAGGAAGGGUUCAUUGAGUUGAAGACCAAGUCAGGAAGUGUUGAUUAUUGCAUAACCGAGGAAAGCUUGAAGGAUCGAUUAAGCAUAGAUAUGCACGAAGCAUGCCUGCAGAUUGACAAAGAAUGCAGGUUCUUUACUGUUCAUGGUGAUGCGGACACAAUAAUUCCCGUUGGAGACGCACUUGAGUUCGCCAAGAUCCUACCGAAUCACAAGUUACAUAUCGUAGAAGGAGCUGACCAUGUAUACACUGAGCAUUUAGCUGAGUUAGCUUCAAUUGUGGCAAAUUUUAUGAAGGAAACUUUUGCAAAGGGACAAGUUUAAGGCUAGUUAGUUAUCUAUCUACUUUUGCCUGCAUAUUAAGUUUUUGUUGUAGUAUUGAAAAUUACUACAAGAAUUUCCUAAAUUAAAAUGGUGAUUGUUGUUCAUCUUGCUGUCUUGAGUCCACUAAAAUUUGAAAGAGUUACAAGUGACAAACUUCUUGUUUCCUGCAGCAGGUCUAAUGAACCUGCCCAUUAUGCUAUAUUGCUUGGUGGUUCAUUUCAGAACUCUGCUUUGAGAGUGCUUUCCACUUUGUUCCCAUUAUGCCUUUUGAUCUACCAAUUUUCUUUUCAUUUUACGCAUUAUCUAGCCAAUGUAUAUUUAGUCUCCUAAUACUAUUCAUUCGAUGUAAUCAUGAAAGCAUUUGUGUUUGUUUA